CUCGGAUCUCGAGGCACAAGCAGAGACGCGUUCAGGGCUCAUCUAGAAUGAAAAAUGGUUCACACGCUCUCAUUUAAACACUAUUUUCUUUAAAGGCGUUUGGCUUUCUUAUCCUUGUCUAAGUGAUGCGCAUGAAGGUAAACUAGAGAGACAUUACAUGCACUACAUCUUUACAGCCCUGACCAAAGCAGAUCUAUUCCCAGAGAUCACUGUUGUGGGUAUGAUUGAUAAUAGACGGAUCUCAAAAAACGGUACUGAAGUUCCAAAAUGGACAAGAAAGAUUCUAAAUGAAGAUGACAUAAUCUGCACUCCAUGUGACUCUGAAGACUGGUACAUGGAACAGCUACACAUUCUGUCAAACUGUACACAGUGUUCUGAUUCACCAGAUGUUUACAUCUCUGCGAGGAGAGAUCCUGAUGAUCACAAUAAGCUGGUUCUGACCUGUCUGGCCACUGGUUUCUACCCCAGAGAUAUUGAGAUGAACAUCAGAUUAAACAAAUCUGUUCUUGACAACCAAAUAUGUUCUGAAAUCAGACCAAAUGCUAAUGAAACAUUUCAGAUGAGAACCAGUGUGGAGAUUGACAGAAACCUCAAAGGAUCUUAUGACUGUCUUGUCAUUCACAGCAGCCUGAGAGAACCAGUGUCAGUAGAAUGGGAUGGAAAAUCUUCUACAUUUAAAACAGGAUUUCAGUGGUCUGUUACAACAGUAACAGUUUCAGUUCUAGUUCCAGUUGUAGCAGUUCCAGCUCUUUUUGUGAUUCUUUGGUGGUGCAACAAAAAGAGAGGGUCAGAUGGUCUGGGAAGAAAACACCAUGGUUAUGGUGCAGUGAGUGAUCAGAUACAGCUGACCAGUUCACAGUACAGCGUGUGCUGA